GGGACUAUUGGGACUCUUGGCACCCUUCCCAGGAAAGGGGUUUCAGAGUGUUCAGAUAUGUUUCAAUCUCUUGUUCUGGCAUGGUUCCCGGACAGAAAGUAAGUUGCAGUGUGGUUCUUUAGCAAGGCCAGAAGGCAUGAGAAAGGCCUGAGAAACAAUGGACUGUUCUCUACCUUUGUUACAGCAGAGCGGAAUGUUUCUGAUGCUUAGCUGCUGAGAAAAUGAUUUUGAGAAGCUUUGAGCCUGCUUUGGUGGGGGGUGACUUUGGGCCUAGGUGAGGUCACCUGUCCUCACCUUCCUUCAUUAUGUAUUUGAUUUACAGCCCAUCUUUCCUCCAAGGAGCUCAAGGUGGUAUACAACAGCCCUGUGAAGUAGAUUGGGCUAAGAGUCAGUGACAGGCCCAAGGUCACUGAAUGAGCUUCCUGGCUGAGUGGGGAUUUGAGCCUUGCUCUAACUACCACACAACACUGCCUAGUAUUACUGGGUGUCAAAUCCAUACUGAUAUUCUUGGAAAGGUGUCCAAAUCAGACGCUGGUCCCUUUAAGAGCUGUUCCUGCUUGGUACGGUCUCCUAGCAACCCAGUGGCUUUGUUUCUACACAAGAACCAACCACCAUCUUUGAGGUCUGGGUUCUUUCCUGCCACUCCCCCGCCUUCACUGCUGGCUUUCAGAAAGAGAGUUACAACCCCCCCCCCCACUGCCCCUACUCUCUGCAAUGUCCCAGGAACAGCAUUGCCCAGACGCAACAGUCUCCCUUGAGAAAAAGGAUGGAGAGGUGGGCCAGAGGACCUCAGAUUACUACAGAGUGGAGCCAACCUUGCCUCGCCGAUUCAACAACCCUGGAUGGUUCCGGGGCUACAGGUGAGAGGGAUGGAUGGUGGGCACCUGCUUUUCUUUCUUUCUUUUUUUAAUUGUUAUUUAUUCAGUUUAUUUAUUGUUAUUUAUUAAAUUUGCAUACCGCCCUAUACCCGUAGUGUCUCAGGGUGGUUCACAACAUAAAAUCACGAUAUGAAAACACAAAAUACGCAAUAAAAAUAUAAACAAGCACAACCCAAUAAUUCCACCACCACCCCCAAAAAAAAUUUUUUUAAGGGCAUUGGAUGUCAAGCAGCCAAAGGCUUAGGUAAAGAGGAAUGUUUUUGCCUGGCACCUAAAAGUAUAUAAUGAAGGUACCAGCCUAAUCUCCCAGGGGAGAAUUUAUAUACUGCCACGUAUCAAAGGAUCCCAUGGCAGUGUACAACAUUAAAAACACAUUACAUAGCACCAAUGAUAAAAACAUAACAAAAAGCAUAGUAACAGACAGCAUAAUAAUAAAAUAAUCAUAUUAUUUGUUGCUGAUUCAGCUCAUUUGCACAGGUCCUUUGGGGGCUCAUCUGGGUCUUAGUAUUUGCCAACCUGAGUAGUUUGGUGUCAUUCCCUACCUUGGGGCAGAUCCACACUGUAUAUUUAAAGCAUAUUCAUCACACAUUUAAAGCACAUGACUCCCCUCCCCCAAGUAUCCUGGGAACUGUAGUUUAUAUAUAUAUAUAUAAGAUAUUUAUUAAGAUUUUUUAAAAUAUUACAAUAAAAAUGAAGAAAAAAAAUUGACAAAAAUACAAAAUAAAAAUAGUUAAAAACACACAGAUUUUCCAUUACUUAUUUUCCUUUGACUUAUUUCCCGGACCUCCUCAUACCUCCCUUUUUUGUAUUCCACUUCAAUCUGUUGGUUCAGCAAAUCCUUUACAAGUAAUAAUAUUAAAUUUUUACCUAUUUAUAACCCUUUUUUGGUGGGCACCUGCUUUUCAAACAGAUGUGCCCUCCCCUCAAGGAAUCACCAGGUUGGGGGGGGGGGAGAAGAACCUUGCCUCAAACCCUGGAGAGCAGCUGCCAGUCAGUGCCUGCUUUUUUAUUUUGGUAAAUAUGAUUAAAUAUCAUUUUAUCAUGUAUAUAAAACAAAGAGAACUGUUAUAACAGAUGCAAAUUAAAACAUGAAAAGUGGAACUACAAAGUAGGCACAUAACAAAUCCAGUUGCACAGGGGUUAAAAUAACGAAACUGCUAGUAAAGACUACUUCCACAUUUGCCAGGCUUGUCCUGAAAAUGAUGGUUCUGCUGUUUACGUCAUAAAGGAAUGCCAAAUCAUAUUAAAAGUGUCUGGAAGUUCUAGUCCCUGUUGGAAUCACAAAUCAUAUGUCAUCUUCUCCAUUUUAGCUCUGUUCCAGAGUGAGUGGCACAGAGUGUCCAAUGCCAGUUUUGGGGGUUCCCCACCCCCACUGAAUUGCAAUUACUGUCCGAGCUGCCAAGAUCAUAUAUAUGACCAAUUCUUCUGCCAACAUUGGUUGUCCUAAUAGUAUUAGGAAACGUGUGAUUACCUACAUUCAACUGGAAUCCUGUCUUUCAGAUUUAAAGAGCCCAACCCACUGUUCAGGACCACCAACAUGGACUACGGUGGGAAACCCCCCACGGUGCAUGAAAUGCCGGUAUGAGCAGUUUUGCUGACUUGUUAAGUUGUGCCCCAGACAGGUUCAUGGUCCUUCUGUUAAUCCAGAGCCCUAGAAAUCACGAGGCCAAAGUACACCUUAAGAACCACUUGAUCUCUUAUGCUCUACCUCAAUCACGGAGGUUAUGUAUUUUAUUUAUAUCCCGCUUUUUUUCUUCAAGGAGCUCAAGGUGGCAUACUUGGUUCUGCCUCAUCUCAUUCUCCACAACAACCCUGCAAUGUAGGUUUGGGUGAUAGGCAGGGCCUGGCCCAAUGUCAUCCCAGUGUGCUUCAUGGUGAGUAGGGAACUGAACCCUGGUCCUAGUCCGACAACUUUAACCACAACAUUGCACUGCACUGUACAUGUCCCCGGUUUCUCCUCCUAACAUCCCUUUGAGGUAGGCUGGCUCAAGAUCACACCCAGUGCUUUUCAUGACAAGUGGGGAUUCGAACCCAGGCCUCCCAGGUCCUACUCCAGCAUACUAACCACUACACCACACUGGUUCAUUCAGCCUUUAUUAGGGAGGACCUGCCCUGUGUAACUCCCUGCCAGUGGAGGUUUGGUAGGAAUCAUUUUUUCCUUUUUUUAGAUGUCUCCUGAAAAUGGUAUUAUCCAGACAGGCCUUUAGAGCAUGGCUUUAAAAACCCCCAAUAAGUAUGUAUUGAUGUUUUUACAAGAAGAUAAGUAGAAAAACCAGCAAUUUUGUAUUGCUUCAUUUUUAAUGGAAAUGUGGCCUACAGAUAUUAUAAUAAUGAAUAAAAUAUCAUGAGUUGCUCCAUGAGAAAAGCACUCAAAAUGCAGCUGGAACUUUACUUCUAAUUGUCCCCAAGAAAGAGGGAAAUUGCCCCUUAGAAAAGGACCCGUUCUUUGAGAGAAGUUAUCCUCAUUAUGAUAGUCCUCUAGGGUGCCAUAAUUUUGGGUGACAUGGGCAAAUUUAGGGACAUGGACAACUGAGUGUGCAUGAAGAGGGCUAUUGAUGGCUACUAGCCAAGGUGGCUAUGCUCUGCCUCCAUAAGCUAAGAGGCAAUAAUGCUUCUGAAUGUCUGUUGCUGGAAACCGCAGGAUGGGAGUGCUGCUCAUGUGCUCUGGUCUUGCUUGGGAACUUCUGAUAGUGGGCAUCUGCAUGGCCACUGUGAUGACAGGAAGCUGGACUAGAUAUGCCUUUGGCCUAAUCAAGCAGAGCUCUUUUUUAGAUCCUUAAGUCCUACAUGCUAAUUCUAGUGCUGGAGUCAGUAUGCCUUUGAAUACAUUGCUGGGAAUUGCCAACUGGCAGAAGACUUUUCCACUAGGAAUUCUGCUUGUGAGUUUCCCAUAGCGUGCCUCUGGUAGGACACUGUGAGAACGGGAAACUGGACUGGGUGGCCCCCCUUUGUUCUGAUCCAGCAGGGUCUCCUUAUGUUCUUAUAUAGACUGCAGGGUGACCUCCCUGCCUUCUAGGCAGGAGUCAGUGUCCUUAGUGCACAGGUUCCUAAACAAAACUUUCAUUUUGUUUGCCUAGAGGGGGUUGCCUGUGGUCUGAGCUACUCAAGUUAACUCACUAGCCUCAGGGUUCCAGAUAAUCAUUCACAUCCCACUUUCUUCCCAACAGACCAGCUUCCAUGUUUCCCCACAUGCCUUCUCAAACCACCUUGUGAAGUUUGGCCCAUACCGGAAUACCGGGAUCAACACCAACACAGAGAAGAGCUAUGUGACUGGCGCAGAAAACUUCAUCACCUGCUUUGACACACUGAAUUUCCACCCCAGUUACAGGACUGGGGGGCCAUCCUUUUGCGAGUAGGGGACACCUGGAAGCCAAGUUGCUGCCCAUUUAAGCUUUCACUCCAUCCUAAGGAACGACACCAAGGAAUGAUUAUGGAAACUGACUAUUUUGAAGCUCCUGAAAAAACAACUUUUUUCCUGUGGCUCCCAUCCCUAGUGAAACAAUUUCUGCUUACAUGCUCCUCUCUAUCUAGAAAACUCUUGUAGGCUUCAACAAGUGGGGUUAAAUGGCUUUGGAUUGCAUCCACGGCAAAGAGCUUGCAGAGAAUAUCAUUGUUAGGUUUAAUUAAUGUUACCAUGUAACAAUAGUAUUGUGUCCAUCAUUAAAAUGUUGGGAAUCUGCAGCAAUCUGCAUGUAUUGUCUGCCUUCACAAUUGGGGAAGGGCUGUAGCUCAUUGGUGGAACAUGUCAAAGGUCCCGGGUUCAAUCCCUGCUGGCAUCUCCAGCUAGGGCUGGGAAUGCUCUGCCUGAAACCCUGGAAAGGCUUUGGAAACUGUGGGAAGACCAGUCAUUGUAGACAAUACUGAGCUAGGUAGGCCAACAGUCAGAGCUGGAAUAUGGCCACUUACAUUCCUAUUUGAUUCAGAACAAUGAAGUCCAGAAACUUGGAAUAAGUUUACCUGUGAGAUUACCUUACUCCAUAAAUGCUCACACGACCGCAUCAACCUGUGAAACUGGCACUGUUACAGGUGCCACAUAAUACUCAUUCCCCAUUUGUAAGAAAUCCAUCUUUUAGUAUGGCAGCACCUACACUCUGGAACACCUUGGCUAUUGAUACCAGGCAAGGUGCCUUUCCAGCAGGCUUUUCUUUUGUUCUUCCUCUGCUGUUGGGAGCUAGAAUGCCUCUGAAUACCAGUUGCUGGGAAUCAUUAGCGGAGAGAGUUGCUCUCUUGCUCUGGUCUUGCUUGUGGGCUUCUUCCCAUUGGGGGUUUUGGUUGGCCACUGUAAGAACAGUAUGCUGGACUAGAUGGGACCCCUCUGGCCUGAUCUAGUAGGCUCCAUUAUUGACUGGGGUACAGAAUACAACUGUUCCUUUCCGCUCACACCUUAAGGGGGUGGACAAAGCCCCUUUAGAAACAGCCUGAGUAAGAUAAACGACAGAGGACCAAGUGGUGGCUGUGGACCUAAAUCUCUCUGAAACAUCCGAGACAUUAAAAAAGAAAACUUUUGGUUUCAUGGUUCAAACUCUGAACCCAGUUUAUUAAAUCUUAUAAAUGUAUGAAUGUACACCAUUUCUUAUAUAC